CUUUCACUGCGAUGGCUUCAAAUCAAGAAUUAGCUUGUAUUUAUGCGGCUCUUGCUCUUCAAGAUGAUGGAGUGCCGAUUACUGGAGAAAAGAUUCUGACCAUUCUGAAAGCAGCUGGUGUUGAAGUCGAAGCUUUUUGGGCUGGGCUUUAUGCUAAAGCGCUUGAAGGUGUUGAUGUCAAGGCAUUGAUUUCAAACAUUGGUUCUGGAAUUGGAUCUGGUGGAGGUGCUGCCGCUUCGGCUGGAGCUGCUGCGCCAGCAGCAGCAGAAAAGGCUGCCGCGCCGGCUGCAGAAGAGAAGAAAAAGAAGGAAGAGCCAAAAGAGGAAAGUGAUGACGAUAUGGGAUUCGGAUUAUUUGAUUAAAGCAUUAAAUAGAUAUCUUUUAAUGUCUUUGUUUUGUUGCUGAUUAUUUUAAUAAUCAUAUAAAUUUGUUAAACUUAUUGUUAGCUGAUUUGUUAUUGUUAUAACUUUUAUAAGUUUUAGUAUUUCUGUGUUUGGGUUAGUGAGUGGAUUCGUAAGUAUUGUUUUUCUGUUUAUGAAAUUUAGACCAUUGUU